UCGGAAGGUUGGAAGGAACUCACUCCAUCUGCAUUGCCUGCCUUUGACUGUAGUGAGGAUUGCAGACCUAAUCAAAGCCAUUUUCAUCCUCUUUGCUUCUAACAGCCAAAACCUGCAUAUCGGCAUCCAGCACAAGUACCGCUUUUCUUACCAAAAUCGCACUGUUCAGGGAGUCUUGACGACCUAACAGCCCAGCAAGAUUUCUUUGUCAAACCUAGCCUUCACCUAGCAGCCGAAGACCAGACUCGACUUUUGACAGCCACCGCAACUACCUGCCUGAAUUGCCGACUUGCUGCAAAGGCGAACCAACACAAUAAAAUGGCGUCGUGGGAUCUUCUAGACGAUAAAGAGGAGCAGGAGCUGCACAAGACGCGCCUGGUCAACAUUGAGGAGAAGCCCUUCAAGCGAAUCACCAAGAGACUUGUGUCUGUCACAACAAUCGCAAACGCCCGAUUGAAACAACAACCCACACCGCCACCCGAGGGCGCAAAUGGCGAGAAGGAGGCCGGCGAAGAGACGAAACAGGAGGCUGCCACCAAGACCCUCCAAGAGAUCGACCAGAUCAAAGACGACCUUACCCUCGACUUCGCCGCCUUCGACAGCAGCAUCGCCCGCCUGCAAUUCCUCCUCGACGCCAACGUCCGCGAGCGCGAGCGGUACAAGGCCGACCAGCAACGCAUCCUCGAGGAAUGUCAGAACGUGCGCGACAACAACACGCGACUGCGCGAGCAGCUAGAGGGCGCCAAGGCCACGCUUGCCCAACGUAAGGAGUACGACAAGCUCGCCAAUGCGCUCAUGGCUAAGGGCCUGCGGCCGCGCGGCGAGCAGGAGACGAACCUCGCGAAGCUCGAGGAGGAGAUCCGCGACCUGGAGAAGGAGAGCGAGACGUACGCCAUCACCUGGCGCGAGCGCCGCGACCAGUUCAGCAAGAUCAUGGACGAGGGCAUGCUGUUGCGCAGACAGAUCCGCGACGAGAAGGAGGAGGUCGAGAGACGCGAGGGCAUGAAUGAGGAUGGCGAGGAGGACGGCGAGGCCUCGCGAGGCGGGCAAACGCCCCGACACGUCUCGAGCGGCAACGUCACGCCGCACCCGGACAGCGGCGCUGUCCCGAGACCGACUUCGGCGCAAGAUGGCAACUCGGAGGACCAGGCAGACGGCCUCAAGCCGCGAUCAGGUGGCCCAAGCAGCUUCUCGCGGUCCGGCAGUGCCGUCCCUAGCCAGAGCGGCACGCCCCAUCCCCAACAGGACGACGGCGAGAUUGAAGAGGGAGAGGAUGUCGAGAUGGACGACCAGCAGGACACUCAGAUCACUUCGGGAGGCGACACACCCCAAAUCACGGUGGAUGCGCCGGACAGCAUGGAAGUUGACAACUAGACUUU